CAGUUUCACAUCAAAAAAUAAGAAGCUUGUUGUUGUUCUCCGUUCGUAUAUAUGGAAAUGAUUACCUUUUUAAAGCGCCGUUUCUCUUCUGGGGAUUUACAAGGAGAAGCGGCCGAUAAACGUGAACAAGAAGGUCUGCCGAGCUUUCUGAGAUUCGGGACAACAGCCCCUUCUGGACCGCAAGCUCAGCCAAACCAAACGUUCCAGUCCAAUUCCAUACAGCAGCAAACUCCGUACAGGACACAGGACCAACCAGUACCUGCUGCUGGUCCACUAACAAAUGCCGUGUCACAAAUACCUCCCGGAACCAACAGACCAAGUCAAGGUCAAUACGUCCGAACGGGCACAACAGACGAGUCCAGCACGAAUGUUGCUCGUAGCCGUGGAGCAUAUCCCAGUGCUCCAACUUCUCCAGCAAGAGGUUACGGUGGUUCCGGCUCAUUUAUGGGACCGAUGAGCAACAUUACCGGACACAUUUCCAGUACCAUUAUGCGUGGUUUUAGCACAGCGGCAUCGACUGCACACAGUAUGGCUGCUGGGAGGUCGACAUCAACCAAGGAGAAGCAAAAAGUUCUUCUGGUCAUUGACGACUCACAGACAGAUUGGUGUAAAUAUUUCAAAGGUAGAAAACUCUUGGGAGACUGGGAUCUUCGCGUGGAACAAGCUAAUUUCUCGGAAAUCACAAUGACGGCUUACAGCGAGCGAGGAUGCGUGAUCAACAUUUAUCAAGGAUUGAACCAGACGAAACCAGUCAGAUCCUUCAAACCAGAUUUUGUUCUGCUUCGACAACAUUCAAGUGGCGCUAAUGAGGACUGGCAACCGAUAUUAACCGGACUAAUGUACGCGGGUACUCCAUGUAUGAACACCCUUCAUGCUGUGUACAAUAUGAAAAACAGACCGUGGCUGUUCGCUCACUUGCUCCUACUGCGCAAUCGACUGGGGAAAGAGGCAUUUCCUCUCAUUACACAGGUAUACCACACCAGCCACAAAGAAAUGGUUACAGCCCCUGCAUUUCCCACAAUCAUCAAGGUUGGACUUGGCCAUGGAGGAGAAGGAAAAAUCCGAACCGACAAUCUAGUGGCUUAUCAAGAUGUCACGAGUUUGUUGGCGGCUGGGAAUACCUAUGCUACUACAGAACCGUUUAUUGAUGCCAAGUGCGAUGUGCACGUGCAGAAGAUUGGACCACAGUACAAGGCAUUCGUGAGAAAAUCCAUUUCUGGACACUGGAAAUCCAAUAUCGGCUCUUCCAUUUUGGAAAAGGUUCCAAUGAACGAAAGAUUUAAACAGUGGGUAGACGAAGUGGCUCGCAUGUUUGGUGGACUGGAUAUAUGUUCCAUAGAAGCACUACAAAGCAAAACAGGAGAAUACUUCAUCUACGAUGUGAAUGGAUCUGAUAUGAAUCUGUUCGGUGAAAGCCAGGAAGAAGACCGGCGAGAAAUUGCCGAGAUUGUCGUCCAGCGCAUGCAAACUGUUUGCAUGCAGAAUUCAUUGACAAAGGCAUCCAGUCUUCAAUCAGUGUCACGUGCAGCAGAACCGGAGCGUUCACAACCUGUUCAGCCGACAGUAUCAGCGCCAAUGUCACAAAUGUCGUCCACUCCGAUUGUGCCUGCGCAGUGCCCACCCAUGCGCCAACCUUCUCAACCUUCACAGUACCAGUUCCAAACACAUCCUAGCACAGUGCCUGCAAGUGCGACGGGACCGUCUCAGCAAACAGGGCCUUCGAUGAUGGGACAGCCACAGUCGCAGCCAUCAUCGAUGCAACCAGCUUUCCAUUCUGGCUCAUCUGUCACUACGACACCCCAUCAGUUGAGCUCCUCUACACCAUUCAACCCGCCUGCCUCAUGGGGUGAUCAAAGCUCGAUCAGCAGUGUCAGUUCAUCUGGUGGAUCGGUAGCCUCUAUGUUCACCGGUAUCAGUAAUAAAUCGGACGGUAUUUUUCCAAGUGGCCAAAGCACUCCCACAGUGGUUACGGGACAUCAUGACUCGAGGCCACAUGAUUCUGCGUUUUCGUCCAGACAAUCUACACUUCAGUCGGGUACAAGUAUUUCAGGAAGCAGUGGAUUCAGUGUGUCAGCAACGACUGCGUGGAAUGCAACCAGCAGCUCAGGAUUUGAAGAUGCGUUUGGAAUGAUGAAAAAUGCGGAGCCCGAAAGGCCUCAGCAAAAAAAUUUGUUUGGUUCAAAUGAUCCCUUCGAUCGGUUAGCGUCCGAGAGGGCCGCAACAAGUGCAUUCGAUAGUCUGAACGAUAAUCGUGGCCCUCCAAUCAGCUCAACACAGAAUCAAGAUUCGGCUGUUGCGGACAAGCCUUUCGUACCACCUAGACAGACCUCCUUGCGACGUGGAAGUGGUGCUGAGGACACUGAUGAUACCAUGAAAAAUUUGCGCAAAACGUUUGCUGGGAUUUUUGGAGACAUGUGACCGAUAAAAAAAACAAAGUUUCUCGUCCUCCUUAAUUCUACUUAUCUUGUUGUCCCCUUCGGACGGAUUAUUACAGUCGUUUCCAUUUUCACCUUCCCUAUAUACGUAGACAUCUUGUUUCUAGUAACAAUCACCCUUUCUCUCCGCUGUCGGAUUCAGUUGUUGGAUUCGGAUUGUUUUGUCAGAUUCUACGUUAUUCCCAAAAGCGGAUAAAUUCCUCCAACUCAAUUCAAAGCUGACCCUAUUUAUCAUGUUAUCACUGAUUUGGAAACGUUCAGGGUUUCCAGGUAUCCCUAUUUAUAUCAUAUACCAUUCUCCUGCCUUUACGUUGCUUCACUCUAGGCAUUCAGAGACAAUGGCACCUCAUCGAGUUAUCUACGGAAAGCUUUAAAACUGUAUGCUUAUCGAC